UCUGUUUCGAAGUCUCCCUCCCAUAGAUGUAUAAAGUUUGACGUGGACCUACUAUCAAUUUACAUUAGAAUCCAUUAGAUCCGAUUAAGUAAAUUUUUCCUUUUUAACUUCCACCCGUGAAGCUCUAAGCAGAAUAAGCUCAACACCAAAUGGAUUCUCUCUCUUUUAUGUUUGUAGUUGUUAAUUCACUCUGCUUUACCGCUCAAUUCUCAAGUGCAACUGAUACUCUUACGUCAACCCAAUCUCUUACUGAUGGCAGCACCUUGAUUUCCAAACAUGAAAGUUUUGAACUUGGUUUCUUUAGUCCUGGUAGUUCCAGGAAUCGUUACUUAGGAAUUUGGCACAAAAAUAUCCCAGUUAGAACCGUUGUUUGGGUUGCAAAUCGUCGCGCUCCAAUAUUCAACAAUUCGUCUGCUCUGCUGAUGAUGGACAACCAAGGAAAUCUUGUACUAAAGAAUGGGGGAAGCGUUGUUUGGUCAACAAACUCAAAAAGAGAAGUCCAAACUCCACUUUUACAGCUCCUGGAUUCUGGGAAUCUUGUUUUAACUGAUGCAAGUGAUGGCCGUUCUGGAAUCUACUUAUGGCAGAGUUUUGAUUAUCCAACUGAUACGUUGCUACCAGGGAUGAAGCUCGGAGUGAACUUGAAGACAGGACUCGAUCGGCGUCUGACAUCAUGGAAAAACUGGGAUGAUCCAUCACCAGGGGACUUUGUCUCCCAAGUUUUAUUUUGCAAAAGAGCAUUGUACUCUGAAUCCAUCGUCUGCCGCCAAAGUGAACUUGCCAGAGCUUGUUUAACUGUUCUUGGCUCGAGUGUAUCCUGUAAAGGAUAUUUAGUUGUAAGAUUAACAAAAGAAGAAUUAAAAUACUUUGAGUUAGGCUUCCUUUGUCGCUGCUGCCGUUGUACAGGAGCUGGAAAUGAGUCUUGUGAAACAAUCGGUAGUGGCAAAUCUAAAUCAGCAGUGGAAGAUUCAAUCAUCAAAGAUUCUGAACCAGUACUCGAAACCAACAAAUCAGAAUCACGUGGAAUAGAAAUUGCCAAUGGAACCGAAGCAACUGCAGUUGGUGCAACAGAUAAAACUAUAAUAACGCAAUUAAAGACUAACCAGGUUUUUAGUUUCAACUUUGUUCAUAGUGAUGACGAGGUUUAUUAUACAUACUACCCCAAGAAUAAAUCUGUAAUUUCAAGGCUUGUAAUGAACCAAACCAACUACAGGCGUGAGCGCUACAUAUGGGACGAAGCAUCACAGUCCUGGAGCCUGUUUAUGUAUCUGCCAACAGAUUACUGCGACAGUUAUGGCCUUUGUGGUGCUUAUGGAAAUUGCAUCAUUACUGACUCGCCAGUUUGCCAGUGUCUGAAAGGAUUCAAUCCUAAAUCGCCUGACCAGUGGAAUUCUGGGGCUUGGUCUCAAGGCUGUGUCCGCAAUAAGUCGUUAAAUUGCCAGGAUGGUGAUGGAUUUAUCAAAUACACAGAAUUAAAAUUGCCUGAUACUAAAUAUUCUUGGGUAAAUAAGAGUAUGAGCCUGGAGGAAUGUAGGGGAAAAUGUUUAAACAACUGUAACUGCACUGCUUACUCAGUCUUUGAUAUUAGAAAUGGAGGCAGUGGCUGUGCUCUUUGGUUUAACGAUUUGAUCGACAUUAGACAAAUUCCCUCUGGUGGACAGGAUCUCUAUAUUCGGAUGUCUGCUUCUGAAUUAGAUGAAAAUGAAAUUGAUGGAAGCGAUCAGAGCUCAGAGGAAGAUUUGGACCUCCCAUUGUUUGACCUUGUCACAAUAUCACAUGCAACCAACAAAUUUUCACUCAGCAAUAGGCUAGGACGAGGUGGUUUUGGACCUGUGUACAAGGGAAUACUAGCAGAUGGACAUGAGAUUGCUGUUAAGAGGCUAUCAAGUAAUUCAGGACAAGGAUUAAAAGAGUUCAAAAAUGAAGUCAAAUUAAUUGCAAGACUUCAGCACCGAAAUCUAGUAAAACUUCUCGGUAGCUGCAUCCAAGGAAAUGAGAGAAUGUUAAUUUACGAAUACAUGCCCAACAAAAGCCUGAACUUCUUCAUUUUUGAUCGAACUGGAGGAAAACUAUUAGACUGGUCAAAUCGUUUCAACAUUGUGUGUGGAAUAGCAAGAGGACUCCUUUACCUUCAUCAAGAUUCAAGACUAAGGAUCAUACAUAGAGAUCUCAAAGCAAGUAAUAUAUUACUUGAUGCUGAUAUGAACCCAAAAAUUUCAGAUUUUGGCAUGGCUAAAACUUUCAGGGAAGACCAGACUGAAGGAAACACAAAAAGGGUGGCAGGAACAUAGUAAGUACUAAUUCACAAGUAAAACUCGGACAUCAUCUACUUCUUGUGUGUGUUAACAUUUGGCAAAUUGUGCUGCAGUGGUUAUAUGGCACCAGAGUAUGCGACUGACGGACUAUUCUCAGUGAAAUCAGAUGUAUUUAGCUUUGGAAUUCUAAUUCUAGAGAUAAUAAGUGGGCAAAAAAGUCGCGGAUUUUAUCAUCCAAACCAUAGUCUUAACCUUAUUGGAUAUGUAAGUGCCAAGAGUUAAAGUGUUA